AUGGGUCCUGUUCCUAAACAACCUCUGUUUUGCCCGAAAUGGCCUUGGGAUGUUGACCAACACGCCAAAAAUCCAAAUGCCUGCACCUUUGAAAUUCCUUGGCUGCUCAGGUCCUUGCAAAGUCUUGGAUCCGUUGCUCUUAAUUCCUUGAACUCGAUUUCAAAAUCCUCGAAUUCUUGGAUCACUAAUUUUAAUCCUACCAAUUUGGGUGCGAGAACUGGCCAAGAUAACUGUUUGAAGAAUCAUAAAAGGGUCUUGACUCCUGACGAGCAAGGAUGUGCAGAGCAAAGAGCAUUUGCCUCAGCACUAGCAAGUGGAAAGGAUGCUACAGUGCUUGAGUUCUAUUCGCCUAAAUGCAGGUUGUGCAACUCUUUGCUUAAUUUUGUCCUCGAGGUAGAGGGUAGAAACUCAAGUUGGCUCGAUGUUGUCAUGGCAGACGCAGAGAAUGAGAAAUGGCUGCCUGAGCUACUUCAUUAUGACAUAAAAUAUGUUCCUUGCUUUGUCCUGCUGGACAAAAAUGGGAGGGCACUGGCAAAGACGGGAAUUCCAAGCAGUCGGCUACAUGUAGUUGCUGGCCUCUCUCAUCUUGUCAAAAUAAAGCGGCCACAGAAUAAUAGUGUUGGACCAGUCAAUCUGAGGAAAGUCAGGCACGAGCACAAAAUGAUAGCAGAUAGGCUUUCAGAUUACCAGUUUUAUCGCUGGCUUGCUUAUGUUAGGAAAGCGUACUUUUUUCUUCUCAUGGCAUGGGAGCAACGGUCAAGGACUUUUUGGAGUUCCAAAGCUAAUUAUGCAUUUUUAAGAAUUGGAGGACGAAGAGAUUAUGGGAUGAAAACUGUGUAUCCAGAGCCACAGGAUUUACAUUGGAAAUUUUGA